UGUGUGGACCCGUCGUUUCUUGUUUCUUGUCUGUCAAUUGAAUUAACUUAGUACUGUGUUGUACAACAUUUAUUUAUUUACAGUUUUGGUGUUUAUUGUCAUACGUUUAGGUAUUAGAUUUUUAUUGUGUUACAUAACAACAACAUCAGAAAUGUUUCCACUGGAGUUUCGUAUGAGUGAUAUCUUUGGUCAACACACGAGAGUUGACUAUCCCAACUACCUAGGCCUAGUUAAUUAGAUGAAGCAGUAGGCUGUAUGACUAACUUACAUUUAUCAAGGGAACCUUAAGAUCUCUAUAUCAAGAUGCCUUUGAGUGCAGACAUAUCAAGUGCUCUUCAGCUGUUGGAGCACAUACAACUCACAAUCAACCAAAGUGACGACGUGAAGCUACAAGCUCAGACUGCCGAUGACCUCAACUUCCUCAUAUCAUCAUUGGAAAAUCCAAUCCUACGCAGUAUUGUUACCUUACAAGAUUCGCUGAGUGAGUUGAAUGGCCAGCUGCAGCAGCACCCGUCCAUUCUUCCCGUAGACUUUGACAUCGGGCUGGGCGGAGACCUGAUAUUGAGUGUACCUCCACCACUGUAUGAGGCAGAUUAUGUCCCCGCCACUACUCCCCGCACUGAGUUUGAUGAUCAGAGAGUUCCGGUGGCCAAGCUGUCUCAGAGCUCUUCAGGCGACUCACCUUCACCUCAGAUUGUGAGUCCGGCUCCUGAGGACACUAGUCUGCCACCGAUCACAACUCCGUCAUACGCCCUUGAGUUCCAGAAGGCCAUUGAGCAGUCGUCACAUGGAAGAGAAGUGCAGACGAUAAAGCUGAUGAAACCUGAAGGAGGAAGUCUGGGCUUCAGCGUGGUCGGUUUGAAGAGUGAAUUUGAGGGAGAGCUUGGAAUAUUUGUGCAAGAAAUCCAACCCGCCAGUGUUGCUGGAAGAGAUGGGAGAUUGCACGAGGGUGACCAGAUACUGGCCAUCGAUGGACAACCCCUGGACUCCAACAUCACCCAUUACCAGGCCAUCAACAUACUGCAGAAGGCCAGAGGACUGGUGGAGCUGGUGAUCGCACACUACGACUGUCCAGAGCCACGACCAGCCAGUGCCGUAUCCGACUCUUCCAAAGCUGGCUCUGACAUGCUGAACACAGAGUGGGCGCAGGUAGAGGUUAUUGACCUAGUCAACGAUGGGUCAGGACUGGGGUUUGGCAUCAUCGGAGGUCGCAGUACUGGUGUGGUGGUCAAGACCAUUCUACCUGGAGGUGUGGCAGACAGGGAUGGUAGGUUGCAGAGUGGAGAUCAUAUUCUGCAGAUUGGAGAAGUCAAUCUCCGAGGGAUGGGCAGUGAGCAGGUGGCAGCAGUGCUCCGUCAAUCUGGCAGUCAUGUGAGACUUGUGGUAGCUCGUCCUGUCGAACCAACAUCGCCAGAAUACCAGGCCCUGGACAGCCAUGCCCCCAUAGUACCUACCAAGCUCCUAGGAGACCCUGAAGAGUUGGACAGACAUCUGGUGCAGAACGGAUAUCCCGAGGUCACCAUCCCAUAUGACAACUACGUCGAUCUACAGAGUCAAGACGCCCUACAGGUGAUGGACGUAGUGCGGCCGCCGCUCCCAACCACCCCUAUGCCUCUAAUCACAGCCCCUUCCCUGCCUUUGCUCACCCUGGACAUGCUGCCACCUCAAACACAGCUGCCAGAGAUGGAGAAGUUCACGGUUGAGAUACAGAAGGAUACCCAUGGUCUCGGCAUCACCAUCGCCGGAUAUGUGUGCGAGAAAGAGGAUCUCUCGGGUAUCUUUGUCAAGAGCAUCAGUGAAGGCAGUGCUGCCGACCUCUGCAAGAAGAUUCAAGUGAACGACCGAAUUGUAGAGGUGGAUGGCAAGUCUCUACAAGGCUACUCCAACUUUGAGGCUGUAGACUUGCUAAGGGCCACUGGACAGAGUGUGAGGUUGACAUUGGAGAGGUAUCUGAGAGGUCCCAAGUUUGAGCAACACAUAAUGUUGGUAACACUGAUGGUAUGUGACAGGUGGAUGGCAAGUCUCUACAAGGCUACUCCAACUUUGAGGCUGUAGACUUGCUAAGGGCCACUGGACAGAGUGUGAGGUUGACAUUGGAGAGGUAUCUGAGAGGUCCCAAGUUUGAGCAACACAUAAUGUUGGUAACACUGAUGGUAUGUGACAGGUGGAUGGCAAGUCUCUACAAGGCUACUCCAACUUUGAGGCUGUAGACUUGCUAAGGGCCACUGGACAGAGUGUGAGGUUGACAUUGGAGAGGUAUCUGAGAGGUCCCAAGUUUGAGCAACACAUAAUGUUGGUAACACUGAUGGUAUGUGACAGGUGGAUGGCAAGUCUCUACAAGGCUACUCCAACUUUGAGGCUGUAGACUUGCUAAGGGCCACUGGACAGAGUGUGAGGUUGACAUUGGAGAGGUAUCUGAGAGGUCCCAAGUUUGAGCAACACAUAAU